UUGCAUUUCGUCCUGUGGACCAAACUCCCUAUCGGCUCUAUUUUCACAAAAAUCUCCAUGCUAUUACAAAACGUUAUUUUAUAGCGCCGUUAAGUACCUGCAACAUUAUAGAUCACGAAGGUCUUGGGAAUAAUUCUUUAUUUUCUGCGUUUAACUUUACAAUCUGGACGCUCCUCUGCUGCGCUUCUGACGUCGCUGAGCUUGAAGCUCGGCUCUCCCUCCUUCCCGUUAUUGUCAGCGAGCCGAGCGAUGCGACUGCUCGCCGCUGUCAUCGCCGCCCAGUAGACCCCCUAGUCCGUGUGCACCCACCAGAACACCACCCAAGGCACAAACUGAAAGACAGAUAGACACGAAGACAGGUCCUGCUUGUCUCGUCGACGCGGGUUUUAAUGUUUUAGCUAGUCUAGAAGUGUCGUCCAGAGUGUGGAGGGGGGGAAGGCAGCAAACCUGGGAAGCGACCGACAGGGAGAAAGGAUACUGAAGGGUGUAUUAGGUUUUUGCGAAACGGAAGCCGUAAAAUCGUCUAACCAUGGGAUGUACACUGAGCGCUGAAGAAAGGGAGGCUUUGGAUAGGAGCAAAGCGAUCGAGAAGAACCUGAAGGAGGAUGGUAUCACGGCUGCAAAAGACGUGAAAUUACUCCUGCUUGGCGCAGGGGAGUCUGGAAAAAGCACCAUAGUAAAGCAGAUGAAGAUUAUUCACGAAGAUGGCUUCUCCGGUGACGAUGUGAAGCAGUACAAGCCUGUUGUCUACAGCAACACCAUUCAGUCACUAGCAGCCAUCGUCCGUGCCAUGGACACACUGGGCCUGGAGUAUGGAGACAAGGAGAGAAGGGCAGAUGCAAAGAUGGUGUGUGAUGUGGUCAGUCGCAUGGAGGAUACCGAGCCCUACUCCCCAGAACUGUUGGCUGCAAUGUUACGUCUUUGGGCUGAUUCGGGAAUACAGGAGUGCUUCAACCGUGCCCGUGAAUACCAGCUCAAUGACUCUGCCCAGUACUACCUUGACAGCCUGGACCGAGUAGGAGCUGCAGAUUAUCAACCCACAGAGCAGGACAUCCUCAGAACCCGAGUCAAGACCACUGGAAUCGUAGAAACACAUUUUACUUUUAAGAACCUGCACUUCAGGUUGUUUGAUGUUGGAGGUCAGAGGUCAGAGAGGAAGAAGUGGAUCCAUUGCUUUGAAGACGUGACCGCCAUUAUAUUCUGUGUGGCUCUCAGUGGGUACGACCAGGUGUUACAUGAAGAUGAGACGACAAACCGAAUGCAUGAGUCCCUCAUGCUCUUCGAUUCCAUCUGUAACAACAAAUUCUUCAUUGACACUUCCAUCAUUCUCUUCCUCAACAAGAAAGACCUGUUUGCAGAAAAGAUUAAAAAGUCGGCCCUCAGCAUCUGUUUCCCUGAAUACACAGGCCCCAACACUUAUGAGGAUGCAGCUGCCUAUAUUCAGACACAGUUUGAGAGCAAGAACCGUUCACCCAAUAAGGAGAUCUACUGCCACAUGACAUGUGCAACAGAUACAGGGAAUAUCCAGGUGGUGUUCGAUGCCGUCACUGACAUCAUCAUCGCCAACAAUCUGCGAGGCUGCGGCCUCUAUUGAGUCAGCAGACUCUGUCACCUGAUUAUUUUAGUAAAAAUUAUUAUUGAAAUGCAAGUUGGUAAACAACUAUAAUCAUACUUUUUAAAAAGGCACAUAUAAAUAAACGUAUAUAUAUAUGACUGAACCUGUUAUAUAUAUAAUAAAAUAUACAGAAGAAUGUUUCAGUUUUCCACAAAGAGAUGCCAAAAGAACUGAGUCAAUAUGUAAAUCCAGACAUUACAGUUUUAGGACAAAUUUAGGACAAAUGUAUGUAUUAUUUGUCUGUCUGUCUUGCUGACUGUCUGUUGUCUUCUACUUUGUUACACAUCUUUUUAUUACUGUUUAUGUAAUAAUGUGUAUAAUAUUGCUAUGAAUAUAAAUCAGAAGUGUAAACUGGGAACAUUUUGUCAGAAAAUGCUUUGUAUUGGAUGAGUAACAGAUUAGUACAAUAGUAAUACACACAAUAACAUUUGAAAAAUACCCAGUGGCUUUCAGAGUGAUGCAAGACACAUCGCAGGCAUGACUUUAUAGAAGCCUGAUUUGCUGUGUUAAGAUGCUUGGUGAAAAGGAUAACUUAUUAUUUUUUUAUGUCUCUUUUUAAGAUAAGGACUGUCACCAUGUCAUCUUGAUCUGUUUAUAAUGUGUGGAUCAAUAAGUGCAGUCCUGACAAAGAGCUCAGUCUUUGCUCUUGGUGCUGUCAGUUGGUUUCCCACACAAUGCUCAUCAGCAAAGUAAAUUUGUGUAAUGUGUCAUAUUAGUGCCAAGAAAAAAGCAGACCUGGGAAUAGAACCUGAAGCACCAGGAUACUGUCUCAGGAACCUGUUAAUCUUGUCACUAAGGAAACACUUGUUUAUUUUUUCAUUGUAGGAAAUGCAUGAAUUAAUAUGUUUUGAGGCCCCCACCCUUACAGUCAUACUGCCGUUCUCAUUCGUCUGCUGUCUUCUGUCUGCCCUAAGGCAGAUCCCACCAUUAUUCCUCACAGACGACACAAUCUUUUGCCUACAAAAUAUAUGCUUGAAUGAAAAUACAUGGGGAAAUUAGACAAAAUACGCAAGGAAAGUGCAUGAACCAAAAACAUGAUGAUCAUGGUGGGAGACCACUGACCGCCAGCUAUUCUGGCUGGCCAGAAAAUGACAGAUUGGGGAAUUUGGUUUUCAAAGCUUUGGUAGAACACCAUAGAUACAGUCUUACUAGUUUAAAAAAAGAAGAAUGAUAAUUAUUACAUGUAUUGUGAUUUGUAACUAAAGAUUUUUUUUCUCUCCCUUGUCUGUGAGUUUUUGAGGUUUCUCGCAGUCACUCUGCACAUCUCACUGACUUGCCAAUGUUGAUGUUAACCGUGCUGAUUCUUUUGCCUGUUACACUAUCUUUGGGAAAUGAAAAAAAGCAUGUGGUGAUGUGGUGAUGCUGUGCAUUUGUUCUGCUCUGGGACCUUCCAGACUGCACAACAGAAGACAUUUGCACUCACUGGAUAAAGGGAGACGCGCCCUUCUUCCCUGAGACCUUCGCAUUCCUGUACAGCUGUUUCCACUUUUUCGUUCUCUUUUCAUUAUUCCCAGUGAAUAUUUUUGUGCUCCUUCCCUUCACUUUUAUAUGAAAGGCUGUUUUUUGUGUGGGAUGUUUGUCUUGAAAAACAGGGCAAACAUAGUGUUUAAAUUAAAAAUCCAGUUUUCAUUACAACUUGAGGGAAUGUGACUCAUGAUUGAUAUCGCUUCAGGUUUUCCAUGUUGAAAUUUGACCUGCAUACGGACGUGAUGUAAGGGCACUGUAAAGGAAAUUACAAAGCUACAAAAUAUUAGAAUUAGAGCAAAUAAUAUUAAAAUGAUCUGUGUCUG